GAAUAUAUUUUUUUAAACAUCCAGCAUAAUCAUGUUCCCAGUUUCCUAAACCAUUGAAAUUUAUUAGUCAAAAGAAUCUACAUUUGGCUUUGUCAGGAUGGCGUACUCAAUGGACUUAGGUGGAGGAGAUGCCUUCAUCUGCACAGAGUGUGGCGAAGGGUUUAGUCAGUACCCUAAACUAGUUGAACACAUGGCCAUUCAUGGAAUUAAUGGCUUAUUUUCCUCUGAUGGUUUAAGCAUAAGUAAUGGUAGUUGUAUCAACGCAUCCAUUGAGGUUGCUCUCCAUGAAAACGGAAUGCUUACUGUGGUUGAUCGAUCUGUGUUAUCUAACUUUACUUUCUUGUUUGGAAAACCUUCAACCAAGUCAUUAUGGUGCCAACCCCCUAAUCAAGAAGCCUUGACUUCAUCCAAGAUGCCAGGGAAGCAGUAUGCUCAGUUUAAAUGUGAAAGAUGUGGACAAGUGUUUAAAACCCUAAAAAGCUUACAACUGCAUCAGCAGUACCGUGCCCUUGAGCAGGGGCUCAAAUGCACCCUGUGCUGCAAGGUGUUUAAUGACAGGGAGAGUCUGCAGAGCCAUCUUCAAAACCAUGCUCAUGAACGCUUUUACAGCUGUGGACACUGUGGAAAGCGAUUCUUAAGACAAGAGACCUUACUGUCACACCAAAAACAGUGGCAUGGAUCUAUUGGUUCCAAGACUAGUAGAUCCGAGGAAGAUCAAGAAAAUAGCAUGGACAGGUCUUACCCGUGCAAAAUCUGUGGCUUACGCUUCUUUUGGUUGUCUGACUUGCAAAGCCACCUAAACAGUCAUUCUCGUGUCAACAAGCCAACCACUGAGGCAAUGCAAAAACAGGAAUCAUUUGGGGAAGAAGAAAGUAAGAAAAAUGGCAGUGAUUCAGUUAAUGAGCCAUGUCGUUGUGGCCUGUGUGGAGAACAUUUUAACCAAAUUUCAGAUUUAAGAGAACAUCAUAAAACACAGCAUCCAGAUGAGGUUGAGGUAAAGGACUCUUCAGAUUUACCAGCUAAAACGAAACAGCAGUACCAUGGUGUAAUGCAACAAAUGUUUGCAAAACAGCAAAAGCAGCCACUAAGACCAAGCUUGAGAGGAAGACAUAGAGGAAUGAGCAGAGCCAAUUUUAGUGGUAAAAUAUUCUCCUGUAAACUUUGCCAUCGUGUGUUUGUGCACUCAAGCAGUCUCUCUCGUCAUAUGCGGUACCAUAAGGGUACUCUGCAUGCCUGUGUUUAUUGUGGAAGACACUUUCCACAAAGAUGUGAUGUCACAAGGCAUGUAGCCAUGUACCACAGUUCAGCGCUUCAACCUAAGCCUCCUGGGGAGUCAAAGACAGAACAUGAGGUUAAAAGCGGUGAACAGGAACCUGCAAAAGCAUCAACACAAACAAAAAGUGAUAGUGAACAAGAGGAUCUUGAAGAAGAAAAUCAGCCCGAGUCUAAGGCAGAUGACCGAUUAUUUGGUUCUCGAUAUACGAGAACUUAUACACCAAGGAUGAAGUACAAAUGCAAAGAAUGUUGUAGAGUCUUUGGGCUACUUAGUGUUUAUAAGCGGCAUGUGUAUUUCCACAAGCGAAGUCCCUGUAAGGUAUUGCUCAGUUGCCCUCUCUGUCCAAGCCGCUUUACAUUCCUCUCUGCAUUACAUAGCCAUCUUGAGAAUCAUCAUAAAGGAGACUCUGAGAUUGAUGGCACAAAAGCUCCAGAGACCAAUGUAGUUGAUUCCGAAAAUCAACAGGAAGAUGCUGAUGCUGAAAAGGCUGAUAAAAAUGCUGAUAAUGUUAUGUCAUUGGAAAUAAUGAAUGAGUCUUCUGAAUGUUCUCAGACUUAGAGAUGCACAAAAAUGGUCAAAAGUAUAUGGACACCCUCUUCUAAUUAACAGGUUUGGCUAUUCCAGUAACAUCAGUGAAGACGCAUCUUAAUUCUCAACUAUAAAGUGUUAUUCUAUAGUAGAGUGUUGUGUGCUUUCAGUUUUGUUUCAAUAGCUAGGACUCUUUUCUAUUCAAGCAGGGCACUGACUCCGCACAAAGCGAUGGUCUACUGAUUCAGGUGUUGAAGAAUGUGAAUGACAUGCACAAAUCUCAGCCCUAACCACGAACACCUUUGGAAUGGGUUGAGAACUGUUUUGUUUAAUGUCAUUGCCUGACCUCCUUGAUGCUCUUGUUUCUGGAGCAAGGCUCUUCAGCAAUGUUCCUUCCCAAAAGAGUGUGGAGGCUGAUACAGAA